AUGGAAAGUUUGUAUCACGAAACAAAUAGUCUGCUGCAACAAGUACACUUUGACUUAGGUACCUUGGAAAGCAUGCGAAAUGAAAGCGAUGCUCAGAAAAUUAUCCAAAAUAUUUACCAGCGGUUGAAGCAGAUUGAUGGAAAUUGUGGACGUCUAGAUAUAUUUGUCAGCAAGGAACCACCACAUCGUCGACGUACUGUCAAAUAUAAAGUGGAUCAGUUGAAAUUCGAUUGUCAUUCACUGCACUCGACAGUUGACAAUAUGCACAUGCGUAUGACAAGUAAAUGGAGGGCCAUUGCUGAAAGAGAAGAACUUCUUACUCAAAGAUUUCGCCCAAAUGACACAACACAUGUCUCAAUCGAAGACUGCGAACUAGUUCUCCAUGAUCAUUUACAUUCCUCUCACAAUGCUAUUGAUGAACUUAUUAGCCACGGAAGCGCGAUACUUGAGCAGAUUCGCUCACAGGGAGUAGGGUUGAGAGGGAUCAAGCAUAAAGUUCUGAGUAUAGGGCAUACGCUUGGCUUAUCAUCGACAACAUUACAAAUGAUUGAAAGGCGAUUGAAUGAAGACUGGAUUAUUUUUUGUGUGGGUUGCAUGACUUUCAUUGUUUCUAUGUUUUUCUUUUAUCGUUUUUGGAAAAGUUAA